AUGGCGCCGUAUUCCACCUAUGUGGUCUGUGGCAAUUGGGCCGCUCACAACGAGAUUCCGCCGGGCGAUAAUUCCUUCGAUUCCCUCACCGCUGUCGCUGAACAGAACUACAUCGCCUUGAAACACAUUCUGAAGGGUCCAUAUCCGUCUGGUUCGGCAGCUGGCUGGAUCACGGUCGCCCUGACUGAGGAUCAAGCCAAGGCCGACAAGGAAAACUUUGCCAAAAUGCAGAACGCUUACGCUGCCUGCAUGAACUACGAAGCCCUGGAGGAAGAAGGGCUCGAAUACUUGGCUGCAUUUGUGAAGCUGGUUGUGGAUGCUUUUCCCGCCACCGCUGAGUCAAACAAGACAUCUGGAGUGAACUACGAUCACGCUGCUGCAAUGGGCAAGACCUUGACGAUCUUCGAGAAACUGGGGUUUGAGACUACGCAAAAAAUCACUCCAACCCAGGGUUUUGUCGACCCAGAAGAUUUUAUCCUCCAGAUUGAUGCACCAUCGGAUUUCUAUUUCCCCCCCAUGGAUGAUACCCGAGAAUACCUGGAACUCGCUGCUACCCUUAUAUCCGCUGUACACCCUGCAAAGAUCACAGUCAAGCACGCUGCCAACCUCAUGAUCUCCGUGCUAGAGUGGCAGCAAAAUCUGCAAAAGCUCGUGGCUGCCGCGCAGGAAGCAGACGAUUCUGACUCGGAGGCCCCACCAGCGACGAAAUCCCUUGCUGAAAUCCAGAAGCUGGCUCCGCAGCUGAACUACGCAUAUGUAGUCGAGCAGCUGGCCCCUAAGGGUUAUUUGGCGGAGGAGGUGACUUUUCAGUUCAGCAACUACUACAAGACCCUCUCCGAGCUCAUCUCCCAGACUCCAUCCGAGGUCCUCCAAGCCUUUUUCGUUUGGAGGUCAAUCUCUUCGCUCUCUCCAUACAUCGAGUCCAAGCCGACGAAUGCAUAUAACGACUUCAUUCUGAGACAGGGAGGCGGUGAUCUAAAAAACCGUGCACCUCGAUGGAAAACCUGCGUGCAGUCCGUUGCGGCGAAGGAUGCCGGCAUGACAUGGAUCCUGUCCCGAUUCUUCUUGGACAAGAACUAUUCUCCCCAAGCGAGAGAACUUACGUUGGAUGUCGUUGACACGCUGAAAGAUGCCUUUAUUGAGCGUGUGAAGACAAGAGACUGGGCGACCGAUGAAGUCAAGAAAGCCGCCAUCAAGAAGGUCGAGGCCAUACUCAGCAAGGUUGUGUUGCCGAGUGACCCGGACCUGAUCGACCCCACGAAUCUAUAUGAGUACUAUGCUGAUACUGAGAUAACCUCCUCAUAUGUCGGCAAUGUGCAGGCUCUCACCGCGGCAAAUGUGGGCAAGAAGUGGGCGGCUCUCGGAGAGCCCUUUGAUAGGGGACAGUUCCGGUACAGCACACUCAUCGUCAACGCCGCCUAUUUGCCUCAAUCGAACGCAAUAGAAUUGGAGACCGGUGUCCAGCAGUUCCCCAUUUAUGACGUCGCCUUUCCGUCGUACAUGAUCUACGGAGGCAUGGGCAGCAUUGUGGGCCAUGAGAUAACGCACGGGUUCGACGACACCGGACGGCUGUUCGACUUGAACGGAAACAUGACCAAAUGGUGGGACCAAAGCAGUAUCGAUGGAUUCCUCGAGAACGCUGAGUGCUUUGUUGAGCAAUACGGAAAGUUCACCAUCACAGCGCCAAACGGAACGCAGGUCCCCGUGGACGGGGUCAAGACGCUGGGCGAGAACAUUGCGGAUGCGGGAGGUGUGACGUCCAGCUUCGCAGCGUGGAAGAAGUGGGAGAACAAGAAGGGAAAAGCGAAAAGCUUGCCGGGGCUUGAAAUGUUUACUCACGAGCAGUUGUUUUUCCUCAAAUGGGGGCAGACGUGGUGCGAAAACAUUACACCUGCCGCAGCGCUUGCGCAAGUGCUGGGUUCCGAUGUACACAGCCCAAAGAACGCGAGGAUCAAGCUGACUUUGAGUAACUCGGCUGAGUUUAACAAGGCGUUCAACUGUCCCAAGAAGGAGCCAGUUUGUGAGUUGUGGUAA